CCGAGAUGUUAGAGGCGCGCUGGGCGGCCGCGGAGCAGACUGCCGGGCUCCGAGCUCCGAGCUCCGCUCUCCCGCCAUGGCCCCCGCUCCGCCCCCCGCCGCCUCCUUCUCCCCCGCCGAGGUCCAGCGGCGCCUGGCGGCCGGCGCCUGCUGGGUCCGCCGCGGGGCCAGCCUCUACGACCUCACCGACUUCGUGCGGCACCAUCCGGGGGGCGAGCAGCUGCUGCGGGCGCGGGCUGGCCAGGACAUCAGUGCCGACCUGGAUGGGCCACCUCACAGACACUCGGACAACGCCCGCCGCUGGCUGGAGCAGUACUACGUGGGCGAACUGCGAGGGGACCCUCAGGACCCCGUGGAGAAUGGUGCUGUAGCCUCUGCGGAGACUCAGAAGAUAGACCCUGCUACUGAGCCACAGUUCAAAGUGGUGGACUGGGACAAGGACCUGGUGGACUGGCAGAAGCCUCUCCUGUGGCAGGUGGGCCACUUGGGAGAGAAGUAUGAUGAGUGGGUUCACCAGCCGGUGGCCAGGCCCAUUCGCCUCUUCCACUCUGACCUCAUUGAGGCUUUCUCCAAGACCGUCUGGUAUAGUGUCCCCAUCAUCUGGGUGCUGGUGCUGUACCUCAGCUGGUCCUACUACCGAACCCUGAGCCAGGACAACACCCGGCUCUUCGCAUCGUUCACAACAGAUUACUCAGUGGCGGUACCCAAGUCCAUGUUCCCAGGCCUCUUUGUGUUGGGCAUGCUCUUCUGGACCCUCGUGGAGUAUGUCAUCCACCGUUUCCUGUUCCACAUGAAGCCCCCCAGCGACAGCCAUUACCUCAUCAUGCUGCACUUUGUCAUGCACGGCCAGCACCACAAGGCACCCUUUGAUGGCUCCCGCCUGGUUCCCCCAGUGCCAGCCUCUCUAGUGAUUGCCUUCUUCUAUGUGUUCCUGAGGCUCAUCCUGCCGGAGGCUGCAGGCAUCAUCUUUGCAGGGGGUCUCCUGGGCUACGUCCUCUAUGACAUGACCCAUUACUAUCUGCACUUUGGCUCACCACACAAGGGCUCCUACCUGUACAACAUGAAGGCCCACCAUGUCAAGCAUCACUUUGAAUACCAGAAAUCAGGGUUUGGCAUCAGCACUAAAUUGUAUUACUUUUUCCACACCCUCAUACCAGAGGAAUCUCACCCGAAGAUGCAGUGA